AUGCGCCGUCAAUUGUUUCCGCUGACGUUGCAGCGGCGAUGCACGUUCAGUGUUGCUGCAAUGGACUGGCGACAAGUUGUGUCAAAUUAUCGAUGCAAAGAAAAUGACAAAAAUGUGUCGCUCUCGAAAAAAGACGUCGAGCACGUCGUCCGUGUCUGUACACAGAACGAUCGAGCUCGAGAGGCCAUGGAUGUAGUUCAUAGAGCAGAAAAACGUGGCAUCUUGACUCCAUUUGAUUCGCACAUUCAGAUCUGCUGCUCUUGGGCUCGAAAAGGUAAACCGGAGCGGGCACUGUCGAUGAUACCUCGACUUUACAAUCAAUACACGAAGGAAUUUCAAAAAUUGACUUCAAACCAGUCGACUGUUUACGAUCCGUUAUUGUCAGUGUUUAAAUCUCAAGGAGAUUGGCGCAGUACGUACGCUGCGAUUGAACAAAUGCAUAAAUUAAAGAUUACUCCCUCGCUCCGUGCAUUCCAAGUGCUCAUGUUGACAGCUGCGAAAGCUCGACAGACGAAUUUGGUGAUGACAACUAUAGAAUUUGUCGAGAAAAAGUUUCCAAAUUCUUUGAAUGAAGUCGCUACUUUGACGGCCAUGUGUCAAGCGCUGUUGAGUCUUGGAGAUUAUCAACGUGUUAUGGAGAUUUAUAAUAAAAUGGAUGACAACUGGGCUUCCGAAGAAGCUAAUACGAUUUUAUUCAAUCAAUUCUUGUCUGCUGCCAUUCGAUGCGAAGAUAGGACAGUUCGAUCGAAAUACGAAAAAUUGUCAAAUUUUCACUUGGCAAUGACUAUUCUUGACCGGAUGCGAGAAUCUCAACAAGCUAAACCAGACGAUUACACGUUUGCAACUUUUAUGAUGGAAUUGACUAAGCGCGGCGAGUGGGCACAAGUACUGGAUUUGUUUGAGAUAAUGUUGCAUGCCGAAGAAAGCAACCGAAAUACAGCGAUUAAGACAGAAAAGAAAUCCGUGAUCAGUGCGCUGUCGUGCUCGGCAGUAAUUCGAGCGCUUCACAAUGUUCACCGCGUCAACGAAUCGGAGGAUUUCAAAACAAAAGAGAGACCGAACGACAAGAGAGCCCCGCUGAGGAGCACGAACGCACAAAAGCGGAAGCUGAGUCACGAUUUGGCAAUUGUACUGAGACUGCUUGGUACAGUGGAUUUGCGCAAUAUUAAUCAUGUGUCGACGCUGAUUGAUACUCUCGAUGAAUUUAAAUUAUUUAUACCGGCACGUCAGGUUUUUCGACGUGUUAUGGACCAAAGAAGCAUCCACGAGACUCAAUGGCGAUAUAGAGAUGGGUAUAACAUUGACUUACACGGUCUUUCUAAAGGUGUUGGUAAAUGUGCAAUUGUAUCCACUUUGGAAGAAAUUAAGCUUGCUCAUAAAGAGAGAAGUGAUGGGGCUGGUCCAGAAAUCGCACCACUUCAGGAUCUUCGGAUAAUUACAGGAGUCGGAAAACGCAGCCAAGUAUUUAUGAAGCCCGUACUGAGGCAAGCACUUAUUGACUUAUUGACAAAGUCGUGUCAUCCUCCCCUUUGGCCGUCAAUAAACCCGACCAAUCCAGGUGUAAUGUUGGUACGUCAGGACGCUUUGCGUAAGUGGCUUGCGAAAGGUGGGAUCAUUCGGUACUCUUAG